UGAGGGCCAGCGAGGUAGGCGGGUCGCCAUGGCGACGGCGGCGGGGCGGUGGCGGGGCGGCAUGGCGGAGCGGCGGGCGCUGGAGACCCGCCUUGUCGAGAACCAGCCGUACGACGAGAGCCUGGACCUGCCGGAGGGCGAGGAGGCGGGCGACGCGGCGGGGAGGCCGGCCGGGGCCCGCUCGCCGGGGGCGGGGGGCGCGGGCCGCCCCCGGGGUUCCCGCCGGCCGGGGCUGCCCGGGACAGGGGGCGGCGCGGCUGAUCGCAGCAGCGACGAGGAGGGCAGCGGCGGCAAGGAGGAGGCGGCGGCCCGCUCGGCCCCUGCCGCCGCCCUUAGCGAGGACGAGGACGACUCGGAGGAGGAGGAUUCCUCCGAGACCGACUCGGAGGACGACUUCGAGGAGCACGGGGCUGCGCUGGAGGGUGACUUCAAUCUAGUGGAUUAUGACUGCCUGCCAGUGUCUUCUGAAAUCAAAGAACUCUUUGAGUACAUCAAGAGGUACACUCCCAAAACAAUAGAGAUCGAGCACAAACUGCAGCCUUUUAUUCCAGACUUUAUUCCCGCAGUUGGAGACAUUGACGCGUUCCUAAAGGUUCCUCGUCCCGAUGGCAAGACUGAUAACCUUGGCCUGCUGGUCCUGGACGAGCCAUCGACGAAGCAGUCGGAUCCCACCGUGCUCUCCCUUUGGCUGACGGAGAACUCCAAGCAGCACAACAUCACCCAGCAGAUAAAAGUGAAGAGUUUGGCGAACGCAGAGAAGAACCCCAAAGCCAUCGACAGCUGGAUUGAAAGUAUCAGUGAACUGCACCGCUGCAAACCUCCUGCCACGGUCCAUUACACCAGGCCAAUGCCUGACAUCGAGACCCUGAUGCAGGAAUGGUCGCCGGAAUUUGAGGAGCUCUUGGGAAAGGUGGGCCUCCCGACUGCAGAGAUGAACUGUGACCUGGGUGAAUACGUCGACAUGAUAUGUGCCAUUCUGGACAUCCCUGUGUACAAGAGUCGGAUCCAGCCUCUGCAUAUCCUCUUCUCCCUCUACUCGGAGUUCAAGAACUCGCAGCAUUUCAAGGCCCUGGCUGACGGGAAGAAGGGCAGGAGCCCACCAUCCAACCCGCCUUCACAAGCAGCAGACGCAGAAGUGUUAAGCUUUACUUGAAGCUUCAUGUUAAACCCUCGUCUCCUGGAUCAAUGUCUGCCGCUGGACAUCAACCUUGGACCACAGCAGCCUGUGAAGCAGCGCAGGGCACUUCAGAAGCCUUCUUGGUUUUAUAGAUACUACUGAGCUGUCCUGCAUUCACGGAGUAGGACGUUACUCAUCAGAUUGCACAAGCUGCCUGACCACUCCAUUUUUGACUUGUUCCCAAAGAGUUCUGUAUUAAACCAGCUCUUCCCAA